GCCCGUUUAGCGUACAAUGUGUCAGUUAGAACACUUCUGUUCAGUGUUUUUGGAGAGCGAACUAUUGUAACUGAGGAUGCUUAGAGAUACUUUGUGCUUGAGCGUCGUUGUCCGAAUGAUUGCUGACAACCAGUGACAACACCAUAUUAAUUAUAAUGAGGUUCAAUAUAGUUAGUGUCACCUUCAUGAAAUAUCGACUUCGGUGGCUUAAACAACAUCACAGCCUCUCUCGGUUCAUGAAGUAUUUUCCGAUGCUGGAACUGGGUGGAAAAAGCGGAGAGGUGAUCAGUUUAUGAAAUGGCUCCGUAAUAUGUAUCCAAGGAAGCGGUGUAGAACAAAUUCCUGUAGGUCUAUUACGACUUCCCGGUUUGUGUCUUGGAGAUGGUACAACUCAAUUGCUUUAGAUAUUGUCAGACAUGGUUCAGAUUAGAAGAAGCCAGUGGCGAUCUUGUUGUAGUUCUCUUUUACAUCCCUCACAAAAGUGAGAGGAACUACCUUAUCUGAAAUAAGUAGUUCUUUGUCUUCUUCCUAUUUGAACUGUAUCUUCGAAUACACACUAUUCUUUUUCACUUUUCUUCUUGUUCUUGGUUGUGCUUCUUUUUUCUCUUUUACUUUGCAUGGAGCGAAAUAUUUCACUGCCCAUUUGCAUCAAAUUUUAUGUUGAACAUAAUAAUGAAAUCCAUAUAUUCACUAUGUGUUUUGCGUAUUUCGUUCCUAUUUAUAAGAAAUUCUUAUCGUUAGUAUCUUAUGGGUACCCAAUAAACUACUGAAAUAAUUUCAACUUAUGUAGAAGUCAAAAGCAUCAGUCAUCUUGUUCUGCUUAUGUUACCAGUUGAAAUAAUUUAUUCACGCUCCUGUCAUCUGUUUACUCUAAUGUGAGGCUGAAUUUAUUUGAACAUAUACUAUGUUUCGGAAGACAGUUUUGUUAGAUAAUUAUUAUUUGGUCGGUUGACUGAAACGAAACGCAGUUCUAUGACCAUGAGGUUUUCUGUCCUCUUCUUUAAUUAACUUUGUUUUUUUGCCAUUUUUCCUAUCUUCAUCCUAAACUACAAUAUUUUGUCAAGUCUACUCACUACUUUAGUACUAUGCAUAUAUUGACCAAUAUUCAGUGUUUAUUGUGACACGAAAAUUUAGGAGUUACUUCCUUUUUUAUCUUAACAGUCUUGUGUAUGACCAUACUAAAAUUUUCGAUUUUAAUCUGCUUUCAGUUCGUAAUUUCUGAUCGCGUUGUUCAUACAUUUAAAUUUUUCGCGUGGGUGUUAAACAUCUCCCUAUACGUGGCUAUUACUGUCUGUUUCAUACUCAUCUGAGGCAAAUUUAAACCAAUCAUACUUCGUAUUGUUAUACGGUCAUGUGGUUGUCAUAGUAACAGAUUGGUGAUUAUUUGGGAAACCACCGUAGGAAUGUAUUAAACUGUUGUCAUAGACAGGCAUGAGCAUUGUAAAUCGAUAAAAUUCCUUAGUCUUUGUCACUGUUUCUCUCACUAUUGCAUAUGUCUAGAGAACAUUUUCUGUAUCUCAUGCAAUCCGCGAAACACCUUCAUAAAAUUUGUUGUGGAAACAGUAGUAACAUUUAUUAGUAAUUUAAACCAAAGGGUUACAAAAAACCAGUGGAUUAUUUCUGUUUAUUGCACUGAUGGAUUCUUGAAAACCCAUCUCAUCAGGCUUUGAACACGGUGAAGAGCGGAAACAAAUCAGAUCUAGGUUAAACAAAAGUAUGAGAAACGAUCAUGAGCAGUGGUUGGCAACGAAAGCAAAAGAAAUGGAAAAGGCAGCGGUUGUAGGCGACACCAGGCAACUGUUCAGACUAAUAAAAGAAACCGGAAUUAAAAAGUCAAGUGUAAACGAGACAAUCUCGGAAAAAGAUGAGACUCUCAUCUGCUCUCAGCCCAAACGUUUGGAACGAUAGGCGGCACACUUUGGAGAACAGUUUAGCUGUAGACAGACGCAUUCCAUAUGAGAACCGGUUCCAGACAAGGCUUUCUACUCUACACCCUUUCUCUUUCAUCUGCUGGUUGACUGGAUUAUGAAGAGGUCGACAUCUGAGGGGAAGCGCGGGACACAGUGGAAAACGUGUCUGAAUUUUCUAAGCAUAACUGUAGACGUCCCAUCGUAAUCAAUAAGAUAUUAGCUUUAUGAUUUUGUUAGUUUAUCGACUGCCAGUAUUUAUAUACGGUAGAGCUGACAUUGGUUCGACAUUAAGACAUGUCUCAGGGCUGUAUUGAGAUAACUAUGUACUUCAGCCACUUGAAAUUCAUUUGCAUACACAUUUAGACAAACCUGUGUAAAUCAAAUUCGUACCAGGUUUUCGCACACAACAACAGUUGACAUAUCAGCCACGAUUGUUAUUAAUACGUCAAUUACUCAGUAACGAAAUCUCAGUUUUCCAUUAGAGCUGAGAUCGGUCAAGAGGUAGUAUGUGUGAAGGUACAUCAACUGUAACCGAUUAUUGAUGUUAUGAAAUGUCAUUUGGUUUGACUGAAAGGUUGUACUGGAACAUCUGUUAUGCAUCAUACUGACUGCUUUUGAACUUUGAUAUGACAUAAACAUAGCUCAAAUAUUUCAAGAUAUUUGUUGAAAGUGCUUAUUUGAUGACAUUUGUGGUCUAUAGUUUUUUAAGUUUGUGUUAUGAAUACCUCGGUGGAGAAAGUUGCAUCCUGUCUGAAAUUCGCGGUCGCGAGUUACCACGAUCAUGGGGAUAUUGUACUUGUUGUUUUUAUAAUCAAACGUAUACAAUUGAAUUUCUACGAUUUUGCAAACAGGCUACUUUACAGUUUUGUGUGAUUAAACCGUUGACAUCGAUUGUAACUAUUAUUCUACAAGCAAUUGGCAUAUAUAAACAUGGAAUUUUCAGCGCUACAAAUGGCUACUUAUAUGUGACAGUAGUAUAUAAUGGAUCUGCAUUCGUGGCACUUUAUGCUUUAGUUUUAUUUUACUUGGCUACUCGCAGCAUCCUACAGCCAUUCGAUCCUGCAAUUAAAUUUGCUGUAGUUAAAUCCGUUGUAUUCUUGUGCUUUUGGCAAGGUAUUAUAUUAGCUAUUCUAGAAAAGACUGAAGUUCUUCCCGCUUUGCCGAAUACAAACGCCGGUACAGUUGCAGCAGGCAUACAAAAUUUCCUGAUAUGCUUAGAAAUGUUAAUCGCCUCCGUUGCUUUACGCUUCGCUUUUCCCUCACAACUGUAUAUUGAUGGAGUCGGAACUGGACCAUCAAAUAGUGGCUAUGAUAGUCUUGGUGGAGUUGGUGGUGAAGUUUCUCUUGAAUCCAAGAAGCUCUGCGCGAUACAUUUAAUCCUAAGGAUAUGUUCAGUGAUGCGAUUCAUAAUUUUCAUCCGAAUUAUCAAAAAUACACUCAACAACGUAACCUAAAAGAUGAUUUCGAUAAUGAAACAAUCGAUUCCUAUCAAGGUAAUACUGAUCUAACUAAUAUUCAAUCAACAGUACCAGCUCCACCAAUACCACCACCACCAAGACCCUAAUCCAAUUAAAUCAUUUACUUAGACGAAUUGCUUUGAUUGUCAGGAAACCAGAU